UUUCAUCUGAGUAAAUAUAUCACACGUGUACCAUUUCUAAUCGCUGCUUAUCAAGAGUAUCGCGUGCUGCCGGAUUCUCGAGCCUCCGUUUCCAAUGCAAGAUGGUCACCACCAUCGCCACUUCUCUACACCGUCCUCCUCCGCUCCCGUCGAAUGGAAACGCGUCACUCCUCCUCCCCUCUCGAAACGUAGUCGCAAGCGCUCGCGCAUCUCCGCAGAAGUUCCCCCAACCCAAACCUCAGUUGAUCCGCGCAAGCGCAAGCGCAAGCGUGGGAAUCGGGAUGGAUGGCAAAAGAGGAAGAAAAAAGCGAGAAACGAAGAAGAUGGGAACCGUAGAUGGGUUUUCUCUCCACGAGAUUGCUCCGGUUACAAAGAUAGGUUUGUAAUUGUUUCAUACAAUAUAUUAGGUGUCGGGAAUGCCUCAAAGCAUGUUGACCUAUACAAUCGAGUCCCACCUCAAAAUUUGAAUUGGGACUGGCGGAAGAAGCUUAUAUGCAAGGAGCUCAAUCUUUACAUGCCCGGCAUUUUAUGUUUCCAGGAGGUUGACCGUUUUGACGACUUAGCUGAUCUUCUGCACGAAGAUGGUUUUAAAGGCGUUUAUAAGGGCCGCACGGGAGAAGCUUGUGAUGGGUGUGCUAUAUUUUGGAGGGAAGAACUAUUUACUCUUUUACAUCAAGAGGACUUAGAGUUCCGGAAAUUUGGGCUUCGGGACAAUGUUGCCCAGCUUUGUGUCCUAAAGAUGAAUCUUAAUCAUUCAAAAUCUUCAAGAAGUAAUGGCACAUACCCUCAAAAGGCUCGGACUACACCCAGUCGCAGUAUCCUUGUUGGAAACAUACAUGUUCUGUUCAAUCCAAAUCGUGGAGAUAUCAAGCUAGGCCAGAUUCGACUGUUUCUUGAGACAGCCCACAGAUUAUCACAGGAGUGGGGCAACAUCCCUGUCAUAAUUGCUGGAGAUCUUAAUAGCAUGCCUCAGAGUGCCAUAUAUCAGUUUCUAGCUUCAUCCGAGUUGGAUAUUCUAAUGUACGACCGCAGAAAGAUGUCUGGCCAGAUUGAAUGUCCAUCAAGCUCGAAACCCUUCAGCAAUCAGAGUGCGACCACAACGAGGUCUUUGUUAUGCAUCUCAAAUCCAAUGAGAUAUAGGUGGAGUGAGGAAGAGAUACGACUUGCAGCUGGCUGUAGAGGAUGUACCCAUCUCCAGCACCACCUAAAACUCCACAGUGCAUACAUAGGAGUCCCUGGGGAUUGCCACACUAGAGACAAUGAUGGAGAACCUUUGGCAACGUCAUAUCAUUCAAAGUUUAUGGGAACUGUUGAUUAUAUCUGGCACUCUGAGGACCUUGUUCCUGUAGCAGUUGUUGAAACCUUACCCAUCAACAUCUUAAGAAAAACGGGAGGUCUCCCAAGUGAGAAGUGGGGCAGCGAUCAUCUAGCGCUUGUAUGUGAACUGGCCUUUGCAGACAACGUCAGUGACUUGACUAGCACAACUCAAGUGCUUUCUUCUGACAAACAAGGUGUGGCCCAAUGAGUUCUUGGGCUGGUAUUAGCUCUUUGAAUUGAGGUAUGUUGGUGGCAGUGGCAGUGAUACUCCUCAAUACACUUUUCCAUCCAAUUAGAUUUUUAUCUUUUAUUUUUAAAUCACAAGGGGAAAGAAAAACUUAGGUUUUUUUUUUUUUGUGUAACUUACAUAGUUAAGUGCUCUUUCUCUGAAAUUAUUUGAGUUGGCCAUAUUUACAUAUCAGGAAAUAGGUAAAUAUGAUGUCCAA